ACGGCUCUGGACUUGACGUUAAACCACGCACCGUGGCCUUGUCCAAUCAGGAGAAGCGUCUCUUUAACUUACUUCCGUUCACGUGACUUAACUGACAUGGAAGCCCCCAUGCGCACAUCUGAGCUGUAAAGGCACCGCCGACUGUCACCCCGGUGCUUUUCUUAGUUUUUUUGUGGUCGUGUUUCUGUAGAUAUGAGGUAUUUACUCAGUCUGGGGCACUCGUUCGCCCGCCGCCACGUCCGUUUAUGUCACCACAGUGUUUACAGCAACCAUACAAAUCCACGAAGGCUGGUCGUGGACCUUGGGGAGAAGAAACUUGAGAUCUCUUCAGGGAGGUUUGCUAGAUUUGCUGAUGGGUCUGCUGUAGUACAGCUGGGCGAUACGUCUGUGAUGGUGACGGCUGUGAGCAAAACCAAACCUUCUCCGUCUCAGUUCAUGCCUCUUGUGGUGGACUACAAACAGAAAGCAGCGGCUGCCGGUCGAAUCCCCACGAACCAUUUGCGGCGAGAGUUGGGCUCCACUGACAACGAGAUCCUCACCAGCAGACUCAUAGACAGGUCGAUCAGACCGCUGUUCCCUCACGGCUACUUUUACGACACUCAGGUCGUUUGUAACCUGCUGGCAGUUGACGGUGUCAAUGAUCCAGAUGUGCUGGCUAUUAAUGCAGCUUCCGCAGCUCUGUCCCUGUCUGACAUCCCCUGGCAUGGACCCAUAGGUGCCGUGCGCGUGGGCAUGGUCGACGGAGAGAUGCUGAUCAACCCCACCAGGACGGAGAUGACGUCCAGCAGCCUGAACCUCAUUGUGGCCGCUGGCCCCGGCAGUCAAGUGGUGAUGAUCGAGGCGUCGGCUGAGAACGUGCUGCAGCAGGACUUUUGCCACGCGGUGAAGGUGGGAGUAAAACACGCCAUGCAGAUCAUACUCGCCCUCCAGCAGAUGGCGCGAGAGCAGAAGAUCACCAAGCGCACCCCGGUCAAGAUCUUCUCCGCCCCGACUGACAUGGUGGAAUCUGUUCGGCAGUCAGCUUCCAAGAGGAUCUAUGGCGUUUUCACUGAUUACACUCACGAUAAGAUUUCAAGAGAUGACGCAAUCAACAAAGUCCGACUGGAAACGGAAGAGGACCUAAAAGAAAGAUUCCCUCAAGCUGAGCACUUUGAGAUCAUGGAAUCCUUCAACACUGUGAGCAAAGAGGUCUUCCGCAAUUUAGUGCUAAAUGAGUACAAGAGAUGUGAUGGGAGGGAGCUGACUGCUUUAAGGAACAUUUCCUGUGCUGUGGACCUCUUCAAACCGCUGCAUGGCUCCGCCCUCUUCCAGAGAGGACAAACACAGGUGCUGGCCAGUGUCACAUUUGAUUCCCUGGAAUCCAGUAUCAAAGCCGAUAUUAUCACCACAGCUUUGAGUGGCAUCAAAUCCAAAAAUUUCAUGCUUCAUUAUGAGUUCCCUCCGUAUGCGACCAAUGAGAUUGGAAAGAUGGGAGGCAUCAACCGGAGAGCGCUCGGACAUGGGGCCCUGGCUGAGAAAGCUCUGAGACCAGUCAUCCCUAAAGACUUCCCUUUCACUAUCCGGGUCACCGCUGAGGUGCUCGAGUCAAACGGAUCCUCCUCAAUGGCUUCAGCAUGUGGUGGCAGCCUCGCUCUCAUGGAUGCAGGUGUUCCCAUCUCUUCUGCUGUGGCGGGUGUAGCAGUUGGCCUCAUCUCCAAGGCCAACCCAGAGAAACCUGCUGAGAUCCAAGACUACAGAUUACUCACUGAUAUUCUGGGAAUAGAAGAUUACCUUGGAGACAUGGACUUCAAAUUGGCAGGAACAAACAAAGGCAUCACUGCUUUACAGGUUGACGUGAAGAUCCCAGGCCUGCCGCUGAAGGUGGUCAUGGAGGCUAUCCAACAGGGCACAGUGGCAAAGAGGGAGAUCCUGGGCAUCAUGAACAAAUGUACAGCAAAACCCAGAGAGACGAGGAAAGAGAAUGGACCCGUUAUUGAAAAUGUGCGGGUGCCCGUUUCCAGACGAGCACGCUUCGUCGGUCCGGGCGGCUAUAACCUUCGCCGGUUACAAGCGCAAACGGGCGUGACAAUAAGUCAGGUGGACGAGGAGACUUUCUCCGUGUUCGCUCCGACUCCAGGAGCCAUGAACGAAGCCCAGGACUUCAUCAGUGAAGUCUGCAAAGAUGACCAAGAGCAGCAGCUGGAUUUUGGUGCAAUCUACACGGCCACCAUUAUUGAGAUAAGGGACAUUGGGGUGAUGGUGAAACUGUAUCCCAACAUGAGUGCCGUCCUGCUGCACAACUCGCAACUGGACCACAAACGGAUCAAACACCCAAGUGCUUUGGGUUUAGAGGUGGGCCAGCAGAUACAGGUCAAGUACUUUGGACGGGACCCAACAGAUGGCAGAAUGAGACUUUCGAGGAAAGUGCUCCAGUCUCCCGCUGCAACCGUUGUCAGGACUCUAAGUGAGAAACAGAGCAUCUCCAUGGGUUCAAGCGACGGCCCCUCCACCGACUUGUGACACACCAACACAACGGGGCUAACUCCUGGCUUUGCCAACAAAGUGGAUUUUAAACUUUAGUCGAUUUUUCUGUUGAGAAAUCGACCCGAACCGGGAGCAACAGUGCUGUACUUAAAGGAGGUUGUGGGUAUGGAAGUGUUCAAACCGCACUGGAAUGAACUGCCGCCCCAUCAAAUACAGCGUCCUGCUGUCAUCAGUGGAUAUGCACCGACUGAAAAGAACACUGAGCAAGUUUUAUUUAGAAGUAUAGCCGUUUUACAGUGUCUUGUUUUCAUCCGUUUAUCAUUGACUGCAGUAAAAGGGUUUUCUUUCAGCAGUUCCGCCAAUGCCAACCUAACUGCUUUCACCGUGCAAUGUAUCAAUGGUUUCCUUAUUCACAUGGUGGAUAAUACUGCUCUUGUGGUAUUCAAUUUCUAUUAUUGGUGUCCACUGUGGUUGUGUGUUCUCUAAGCGGCCGGGAUCAAGACAUAGACAAAGAAAGCAAAGUGGGAGACCACGGUGUACAGUUUUUACAAAACAUAUUCCCUUUACUAAAAGGUUGAAUUUAAAGUACGUGUGAGUCAUCAAAAUAAAAGACUUAAUAGUU